GCUUUUUUGUAAGAAAAAAAUUAAUAUUAAAACCUUUAUUUUUGUUAUAGCGAGGAUUAGGGUUUGUGAGCGUGAUCAUCAUUCAUCAUCAUCAUCAUCGAGAGAGAGAGAAGAAUGGGUGGGUCGGUGCGAGACGUGAAGUCAAAGGGAGAGUUGGAUGAGGUGGUUGGCGGUGGUUCUCCCGUUGUCCUUCACUUUUGGGCUUCAUGGUGUGAAGCUUCUAAGCACAUGGAUCAACUCUUCUCUCACCUGGCCACUGAUUUCCCUCAUACCCAUUUCUUAAGGGUCGAAGCUGAAGAACAACCCGAAAUAUCCGAAGCUUAUUCUGUUUCUGCUGUUCCUUUUUUUGUCUUCUUCAAGGAUGGCAAGACUGUUGACACAUUGGAGGGAGCUGAUCCAUCAAGUUUGGCUAACAAGGUUUCCAAAGUAGCAGGCUCGAUUAACCCUGGGGAUUCUGCGUCUCCUGCUAGUCUUGGGAUGGCUGCAGGAUCUGCUGUUCUUGAAACAGUGAAAGAAUUAGCGCAAGAAAAUUCUUCUUCAAAGGAAAAGAGUAAAGUUCAACCAGUGAUUGGUAGUCAUCUGAAAAAGCGGUUAGAGGAGCUCAUUAACUCUCAGCCUGUCUUUCUUUUCAUGAAGGGAAGUCCCGAAGAGCCCCAAUGUGGAUUUAGCAGAAAAGUUGUUGAUAUUUUGAAGGAAGAAAAAGUCAAGUUUGGCAGUUUUGACAUCCUCUCAGAUUCAGAGGUUCGUGAAGGCUUGAAAAAGUUUUCUAAUUGGCCAACAUUUCCUCAGCUUUACUGCAAAGGAGAACUUCUUGGUGGGUGCGACAUAGCAAUUGCUAUGCAUGAGAGUGGGGAAUUAAAGGAUGUUUUCAAAGAUCAUGGUAUCAAAACCAUCGAUGAAGCAAAUAUAAAAGAAUCAGGAAAUGCCAAGGGUGGCAUCUCUAAAUCUACGGAUUUGAGUACUACACUAACCUCCCGGCUGGAAAGCCUGGUAAAUUUAUGUUCAGUUAUGCUGUUCAUGAAGGGAAAACCAGAUGAAUCUAAGUGUGGUUUCAGUAGGAAGGUGGUUGAAAUUCUCAAACAGGAAAAUGUUCCCUUCGAGAGUUUCGACAUUCUUACUGACGAAGAAGUCCGUCAGGGACUUAAGGUUUAUUCAAACUGGUCCAGUUAUCCUCAACUAUAUAUCAAGGGGGAGCUUAUUGGCGGAUCAGACAUUGUGUUGGAGAUGCAAAAAAGUGGGGAACUUCAGAAAAUUUUACACGAGAAAGGGAUUCUUGCAAAAGAGACAAUUGAAGAUCGUUUGAAGAAAUUGAUCGCCUCUUCCCCUGUGGUGCUCUUCAUGAAGGGUGCACCAGAUGCUCCAAGAUGCGGCUUUAGUUCCAGAGUUGUAAACGCCCUCCGAGAGGAGGGUGUGGAAUUUGGUUCCUUUGAUAUAUUGAGUGACGAUGAGGUGAGACAGGGAUUGAAGGUAUUCUCGAACUGGCCUACCUUUCCUCAGCUUUACUACAAAAGUGAGCUGAUAGGCGGUUGCGAUAUUGUUAUGGAGCUGAAAAGUAAUGGAGAGCUGAAGUCGACUUUAUCUGAGUAGGGAUUAUUGUUAAUCCUUCGAAUAAUCGGGACUGUAUCUUAUAAGCCAUUUUAGCUGUGUGUAUUGAAUGGUCUGAUGAACAAGGCAAUUUUUGUCCUGGUGCCAGGAGGUUGUGCUUGUCUGACAUUAUAAUUGUUCUACAGGGGUUUACUCUAUAUACUAUUUGAUGAGGCUAUUUUAUUCAAUGUCUGUUAACUUUUCCCUCCUUUUGCUAGUUUUCAGAUCUAGUGGAAAAUUGUAAUAUUUAGUGGAGCUUCAUCAAAUGGAAUACUGAACCUGAAUUCCAGAUAUAUUAUAUGGACCUUGCUAAUCCCAUGAUCAGACUAUCUUCAAAA